AUGUUUUAUAAAAAUAUUAUGGGGAAAGAAGUUUUAUUUCAAUAUUUUAUUAUAAAAAUUAUAAUAUACCUCAUUUUCCGUAUAAUAAGAACUAUUAUUCAUAUAGAAUCAUUAAUAUGGAUGAUUUUAAAAAAUAUAAUAUAUCAAGAAAAAGAGGAGGAUGAUGGUAAAGAUGUAAAAGUUUAUGAUAUUCUUAUGAGAUACAAAUUUUAUCAUACUGAUCCAUCAAAAGAAACUGAUUUUAUAUGUUUUUUUAAUUCAUUUACAAGUUAUGAUAAAAUUAUUUCAUCAAAUAAUUGGCAUUUUUAUUCACUUAACAAUUAUUACGCCUACUUUAUUUAUCUCCCACAAUCAUAUACUUUUCAAUCAAAUAGUUCUUUCACAACGUACACUUUCAAAAAUGGAGUUUUUUUAGCUAAAGUAAAUGCAUCUGAUUUUCUAAGUACAACAAAUAUUAUCAAAAAUUUAAAUGGAAAAUCAAUAAUAUUAUAUGAUAUGCCUUUUUCAUGUGUUAAUGAUUUUCUUUCACUUUUAUAUAAUUUAAUACCAGCCCCAAAACAUGAUGACAAAACAAUUAAAAUAUUUAAAGAUUACUCAUCAUUAAAUAGUGUUUUAAGAUUAGUUAAUACUAAUGAUAAUUUAACACAUGAAGAAUGUAAAAAAAUUUUAUUAAAUGUCAUGAGAUGUAUAAUGAAAAAUCAAAAAAGUAAUGAAAUAUGGAUUAUUGAAAUGGCAUCAGAAAGUAUAUCAUUAAUUCCUUAUAUUCAUUCACCAUCAACUUCAUCAAUAUUAUAUGCUUUUUAUGGAAGAGAUAAAAUUGAUCAAGCAAUAUUAUAUUAUUUAAAAGAACAUGAUUAUAAAGAUAAACAAUUAAAAGAAUUAUUAGUUAUGAGAAAAAAAUUAAAAAAAAUAAUGACAUUUUUUACAUGGAAAACAUCAUUUGAAGAAACAAUUCUUAAUCGUGUUAAACCACAAAAUCCUCUUCAAUUGGCAUUAACAUUGAUCUCAAAAUCAAUACUUGAUUAUAGGUUACAUAAAAAGUAUUUUAUUAAUAAUAUUAUUUAUUAUGAACAAUUUGUAUCUGAUCCCUAUAUUACAAUAACUCAUUUUUUAAAAAAUUGUGGUUUAUUAAAUCAGUUUUCAAUACCUGAAAUAUCUUCAAUUAAAGAACAUCAAGUUAAGAGAAAAUUUACUGAAAAAGAAAUUGAAGAAAUUAGAAGUAUUGUUGAAAUAAUUGAUUUAUAUGGUGAAAAUAAAGAAUUAUUUAAUGAUUCUUCAAUAACAUAUCAAAAUAAAGAUGAAUAUUUGUAA